CAUUCCAAUAUUUCAAAAACCUAGUUUCUCUUCCCAGCCUUCCUUUGCUCUGGAGGUUGGCCUCUCGAGUCCCUCUCUCUCUCUCUCUCUCUCUCUCUCAUCAUCGUCAUCAUCACCAUCCUCAGCUAAAGAAUAGUUUAUCGAGUGUGGUGGGAACUCUACUCUCGCCAAUCACCGACCGUUGUACUCCUCAAUUUGUCUUUGAGCUCUUCGUGUUCAGCUGUUGCUCCCCGCUGAAAUGAAGGGCCUGUCUGUUUCUUCUGGCUCUGGCCUUCCUCCCGGGUUUAGAUUCCACCCCACUGAUGAGGAACUCAUCAUGCAUUACCUAAGGAACCAGGCCACGUCUAGGCCGUGCCCGGUGAACAUCAUCCCGGAAGUGGAUAUCUACAAAUUCGAUCCCUGGCAAUUACCUGACAAAGCGGAGUUCUGGGAGAACGAGUGGUACUUCUUCACGCCGCGGGACCGGAAGUACCCGAACGGGGUGCGCCCCAACCGGGCGACCGUGUCCGGGUACUGGAAGGCCACAGGCACGGACAAGGCGAUCUACAGCGCGUCCAAGUACGUCGGGGUCAAGAAGGCCCUCGUGUUCUACGAGGGCCGCCCGCCCAAGGGGAUCAAGACCGACUGGAUCAUGCACGAGUACCGGAUGACCGAAGUGAAAGGACAAGCCAAGAAACGGAGCGGGUCGAUGAGACUGGAUGAUUGGGUGCUGUGCAGGAUCUACAAGAAGAGGGCAACCGGCAAGACAUUGGAGCCCAGGAUCGAAGAAUCCAACCAUAAUGUCCAGGCGACCGACAAGGCCUAUGCCAAUCUCGAUGCAACCGACCCGACAAUGCUGAAAUUCCCGAGGACAUUCUCCCUGACCCAUCUGCUGGAAAUGGACUACUUGGCCCCAUUCUCGCACAUCCUAUCUGACAAUCCCUACAGCGCAAUCUUUGAUUAUCAAAACACCAUAAGCAGCAACAACUCUGCAAAUGACUCUGCUGAUCAGAAACCACACGGGGGACAUUUUCCCCACCACGUGGCAGUUCAGAACAGUGCCUUGAACCAGAACAUGAUCAUCAACCCCAUCUUUGACCUCCAGUGAUUCCUGGGGGGGACCCCAAAAAAUGGAAAAAAAGAGAAAAAAAAUUCAUGGCUUUUAAAUAGAAAGGAGACUUGAAAUUUGAUUAUGUGAAGAAUUGAGGAUUGGCAGGACACCAGCAACUCAAGAACCGAAAAAAUUCUGUAAUUUGUUUGCAAGGGUUUUAUAUAUAUAUAUAUAAUUAUAUAUAUAUAUAAAAUUAUAGAAUGAAUCUGUGAAAAUUUUUACGUAAUUUCAGUCCUUUCUUGCGAGUCUC